AUGUCCAACGGCAAGCCCAAAGUAGAGAUCCCAGCGUGGCAACGCGCAGCUCAAGCGAAACCCGCACCCGCCAACGACCCCGUCUACAGCCAACCCCAGAAUGCAGAGAGUCAAGCGACCGAGUCUGACAAUGUAGAGGUGAAGGAGGUUGCGGUUGAAAGCGAGAGUAAUGCAGUGAAUACAGCAAGCGAAGCAGAUGAGACACCGGUAGCUACUGCUACACAGCAGGAGGACUCAGCCAAACACCAAUAUGUCUUCCAGUCAGAGGACUUCGACACAUUCAAACAACGCCAACAGCCUCCUGCUCAGCCUCAACCCCAGCAAGAGCAGAGACCUGCUCCGCCGCCCAUCAUCACGUAUCCCGAAUUCCUCGUCGAAGCACACAAGCCACCUCCACUCAUCACUCCCACUCGCGUGCUCAAUACACUCUACGCAGCUGGCGGACUUGCCACCAUUCUGUACGCGGCCAGCAAGUACAUCAUAAACCCUAUGGUCGACAACUUGUCAGAGUCGCGCCACGACUUCCUCACCCACAGCCAGUCCAAGGUAGACGUGCUCAACGAACGCCUCUCAAAGCUCGUCAGCAAACAGCCGGGCACAAAAGUCGCUUCUUCAGAAGCGGGCGAAGACACAGAUAGCGAGAUCAGUGACCCCACCGAGCUCUAUCAUCGUGAUAUGGGCACGCAAACCGAAGCUCCACCCGAGCCCAAAUCUCUGAUCGUGGACAAUGGCGAGAAGGAUCAUGUGGAAUGGGCGACAAAUGGACUCAAGAUCAUAGAAUCACACAUGAAUGAAAUGGCAGAUGCUUCGGACAAAUCUGGAGAGGCGCACAAAGAUCGACUAGAGAAGAUGAACAACCUCAGACACUAUCUGGAUCAGCUGAUCUACGGAACCGUUGGCGGGCCAUUGUGGACAGAAGACUCGAUUAAGAACGCUUACGGCAACGGCACCACCGGCACAGAAAGCAAGAAAGAAGACGACGCCAUCGAGGAACUGAAGAAGGAAAUCAGAGGUGUAAAGGGCGUUCUGCUCAGCGCCAAGCGAUUUCCUCCUGUCGGGCGACCCAUGCAGACAUCAGCAUAG